CUGUGGUAAUGAUCGAGGGGCCUUCGGAACGCCACAUUCAAGCCGGAAGCGUUCUGUCUAUUACGUGCCUGGUUCUGCACCCCCUUCAGCAGGCACCGGCCCACGUUCUUUGGUUCCACGGCACGGAGAACAUUGACUACGACUCCCCGAGAGGCGGCGUCUCCAUUCAGACGGAGAAAUUCCCAAGGAAGACCCGGAGUCAGGUGAUGAUCAACAACGUCCGAGACACCGACAGCGGGGAGUACAGCUGCAGCCCCUCGGACCUUCCGCCUUUCGUCAUCACCGUCCACGUCCAGCACGGCCAGCAUCACGCAGCAGUACAGCAGGGAGGGCUUAGUGGAGCUCCUGUUACCAACCCGGUGACCCACUUCCUACUGCUUCUGCUUAUCCUCAUGUUCAGCAGGGCCAGGUGAACACAAGGAGAACCAGGAGAGCUCCCCUGAAUGAAACUGCUUAUAACUCUAAGUAGUUAUUGCACUCAAGUGUUUCGUAUGUGAUAAUGGCCUAUUUAGAAUCAUGGCUGAAAAGUGAUGAGAGACGGAAAAGUGAAGCUUCUAAGGUACCAGUGGUUUGAAAUGAAGAAUAGUUCUUUGAAAUGCGACUGGUUAUUCGUUUUCAAUCUUUGUUCCCAUUAAUUUAUUCUACAAGAAAAGUAGGAAACAGAAACGACAGCUGAAGCAAAGACCAAGAGUCUUUUGGAUAAAGUGUUAGUGACAUCCUAGCCAUAGUACCCUGAUAAAACUGAGCUGAGACAUUAGGACAACAACUAUUAAGCAAGACCCCCUUGAUCUUGACCAAGAAACAGUAGCGCUGUGGGAUAGGGAAGUACCUCACUUCGGGUAUAUUACAGUGCUAACUUGACGUGGGAUGUGACAACACUGAUGUGCAAUACGAACCAGAGCAUGAAGACCAGAAAUAAAGCCAAACAAGAGACGGUGCAGCGACAUUGUGUGCGAAGUUCUGACAAAAGGACAAUUCCGUCACCUCACGUCUUGAAGAUGACAUUUAGGUUUAUUAAAUGUAUUCUGACACAAUCAAAGAGAGACAGCUAUCUUCUCCAUUUUGUUUGAUGAUUAUUUAAACCUGGCGAAAUAUUUUGACACACCUGAGUAAUGGGUAUGCAUUUUAACAUGAUACCUGUUCAUGAUUCGGGAACCUGACAUCUGAGAGGUGUUCAGUACGGAACGACAUAUUGUUAUGGGUAAUCAUAAAUUUUGGAAUUAUCUGUAGAUGAGACUGGUAGUCAACAUGUAUGUGUUACAUAAUUAUUUAAUAGUACUAUAUAAUAUGAUUUACUUACUGGACUGUUUUGUGUUUGAGGAUAUGGUGGCUAAAGAUUGUGUGCAGCAUGUCCCACAUCUGUAGUUCACAGUACCCAAGUCGUCUGUACCACGCUGGACGCAUCAUAAAACAACGAAAGAAACAAUGUUCAUAGACUACCUACCAACGAGCAGUAAAUCAUGAACAAUUUACACCUCACCUACCAGGCCUGCCAAUUGUAAGUGAUUGACCAGGGUGUACAUUGGCUCAGUCUUUCUGUCAGAUUUUUACCGAAAUGAAGGAAGAUAGUUGCAAUUUGUGACUGCACAUGGCUGUACAUUGAGUGCUGGCGAGAGACUGGACACAGUAUACCAGAAAGAAAAAGAAAAUAGAAGAGUGAAAUAGAUCAUGGUGUAUAUAGAGUUUGGAGGAGAAUGAACAAUCAUUCUGCUUGUUAGGCGGUGGAAGUUUUGAUAUAGCAUCUUUGUCGCGCAGUAUCGAAGGGCGUCUUGUCCGGUGGGUGAAAGAAAAAUCAUAUCCAUUCCUCGCUGCCACGUCUCGCCAUAAUCUCAGAAUUAUAUUGGAAAGACAGAUGUUUAUUUGGAUUUAUGUAAUUUAUGUGUAGUUGAUGUUAAAUCUUCGGUAUGUGUAUGUUUCUGUAAACAUGCUUUGACGAACCUGGAAAAAAGGAAUUUAAAACGAGAUUCCUGGAACUAAUUUCUCACGUUAUUAUGAAUAAGCAAGAGAUAUACUCUUAGAAGCUGGAAGUUACCGGUGUAGGUAUAAUAGUGUGAGUUUUCUUGGCAUCCAGAAGAGAAAUGUAAACAAAACUAAAAAAAGUUAAAAGAGAAAAUUGAAUGUUUUGUCACAGACACGAAUAUAAAAAAAUGGUUUGUGGAACACAGAAAAAAGUAGAAGUAUAAGUAUCUGUAAAAUAUUAAAAACGAUUAACAUUGAGUGUUAAAGUGCACAGAGUAAAUCUAUUUAAUGUCAGCAAAACACAGGAAUACCAUUAAGUGUAAAAGCAGAACGUAUACCAAGGAAUACAGUGAACUAAAGUACUCUUACACAGAGUGGUAACCUGACAAUAAUAACUGUGGUUUGGUAUGAAAUUCUUAUAUUUGUAUGUUGUCAUCUAAACAUCCUAGUCAUUUACCAAAGGA